CCUCCUCCUCCCAGCUGCUCCGCACACAAGCACUCUGUCGUCCACUACAGGCUGACCGACCAUCUUGGAUCGGAACCACCGGCAACGCAUCCCGGGAAAAAAAGUGACCACGACGCAGAGCAUGACGACGCGCAGACUGGCAGUAUGCAGCUGGCUGCUGCUGCUGCUGCUGGCGACGGCCCAGGCCGCGCCCGGUCGCAGCCCGAUGCCCGGCAGCGUGUUCAUCGCCAACCCGACCAGCGGCACGCCGCUGUCGACCAGUGCGGCCGGCGUCGACUGCGCCGACGCGUCCCUGCCGCGAUGGCGGAACCUGCCCAAGACGCACCGGCUCGUCCUCUCGGCGGCCAACAUGGCCUGCACUCCCGACUCCGAAGCCAACAGGACUCAGGAAGAGACACCGCGCACCACUCUCUCGCUGAGCAUUCAAAGCACGGACGACAUACAGCUGAACCUGUCGGAAGAGUGGUUGCCGGGCGGCGGCAACGCGACCGACCCGAGGCUGGCGCUGCAGUCCCUGCAGGGCGGCUACGGCCAGCAGCCGUGCCGCCGCGACGAGGCGCUGCUGCUCUGGGAGAAGCCCUACCACGCACCGGGACUCACCAUCUCGCCAGAGAUACUCACGCCGGGAAGCCACGCGCUCAGCGUUCACCUUUGGGGCUCAGCGUGGCUGCUGAACGUGAGCGUGGCUGGUCACGAGUGCUCGCGAACGGCCGAGGAGGCGGCUGGAAUCUCGGAGGCCCCCUGCUCGGCAGGAGGCGGCGCCUGCGUCCUCGAGCCGGGGGCCGCAGCGUACGCAUGCCGGUGCUGCCCCGGCCUGUCGGGCCGCUUCUGCGAGGAGCGCGACGGCUGCUUCCACAAGCCGUGCCUCAACCAGGGCUUCUGUGUCGACAUCGCCGAGGGACUGUCGGGAUCGCUCUUCCAGUGCCUCUGCCCCCACGGCUUUCGCGGCAGACGCUGCGAGGAACCACUCGGAGCAUGCGAGCUGCACCCUUGUCCACAGGGCAGCCGCUGUAUGCCGACACCUGAUGACGCCACUAACCGCACCUGUGUACCAGACGCGUCGACCAGUGUCCCUACCACGGCACAGCAACAACAGCCAGGACAGACGGAGCUGCAACAACAGCCGAACAAAGAGCAGGAGACAACGCAGCAGCAAGAGCCGGAGCAGCCAAAGCUGCAACCAACGCAUCAACCCGACCAGUGGAAAACUCAGCAAGGGCAGCAAGACACGCAGCGUCCGCAGCUGCAGCAACCUGACCACAAGCAACUCCAGGAGGAGACGACGCACACUGAGCAGCCACUAAAGACGGAUCAGCCUCUCGGGGAAACCGGCCAGACACCUCUACCAGGGCAAGAGCAACGAGUUGUUGAAGCUCAGAAACAGCAACAAGAUCAGGGGACGCAGCAGACACAGCAACCGGCCGAGCAGACGGACAAGUCCGAGCAACAGACAGAAAGACCGCCGGAGCAACACGACGACCGACAAUCCCAACCGAGCGCGGAAGGUCAGAAGCCGCCCCAGCAAUUGACGGCGCAGCAGGAUCGUCGGAGCGAGAGCAACACGACAGCGACGACGACCAGUGCCAGCAGCACCGUGCCCCCGGCGCCCACGGCGACCGAGACGUCGAGGAACCAGAGCGGCGGCAGCGCGUGCGGCGCUCGUCCGUGCGUGCACGGCAAGUGCGAAGACCUGCCGGCCGGGAGCGGAGGCUUCCGGUGCUACUGCCUGCCGGGCUACGGGGGCGACCUGUGCGAGUUCGAGUACGACGAGUGCGACUCCGGGCCGUGCGCGCACGGCGCCCAGUGCGAGGACCUGGUGGCCGGCUUCCGCUGCCACUGCGGGCCCGGCUACGCGGGGCGCCGAUGCGAGAUCAAGGUGGACCUGUGCCGGCCAAACCCGUGCCCGCCGCCGGCGCAGUGUCUGGACCGCGGGAACAACUACUCCUGCCUCUGCAGGCACGACGGUCCAGGCUGCACGCAGCGGUAUGACCCGUGCUUCCCGAACCCGUGCCAGAACGGCGGCUCGUGCUGGCCCAGCCUGGACUCCUUCUACUGCUCCUGCGCCCGGAGUUUCACCGGCGACACGUGCGAGCUGAACGCGAUAGCCGGCGGCUCGCAGCUGCCGCCGUCCGCGCCCGCCGACGCCAUGGCCAGGACGCAGGGUCGUCCUGCGGACCAGCUGCACAACAUCUACAUCGCGGCGGCCACCCUGGCGGGCGCCUGCCUCAUCGUGCUGGCGGUGGUGAGCGUGUGCCACUGCCGCGUGCACCAGAGCUACCGGGGCUGCGUGCGACGCCUCGGGCGAUCCUGCGCCCAGCUCAAGCAACGCACGCUCGAAGACCCAGACAAAUCCUGGCUGAACCUGGAUGGCAGCGUUUCUGAGGGGAAUCCCGAGUGGCUGGCCGCCGCUUCAGCCAGCCUGCACGCUCCGCUCAUCAUUCGCUGAGCCGCCAGCGCCCAGGCCGGCCGCUGCCACGGCGACGACAUUCGCACUGUGCAGUGUACUGCGUGGGAAGCAACGCGGCCAAACUCUUCGGCCCCAGCCAGGGCCGCUGCUGCCGACAGAAACAGAGAUGUCAAGGGCGUAGUCCCUUCUUCAAACAUUGAUCACAUUUCUAACAACUGCAGCACGUCAAAGACACCUCAGCAAAUUGGUAUAUGUCGCAGAUGCGCGAUGUGGUUGCAAGUUCGCAUUCAUUUCUUUUCUUUUUUUUGUAUUAGUAUUGCUUAACAAUUACUGCAUUAGAGUGAGGGUGCAGUUGACAGGAGUAAGUGCUCACAAGCAUUCGUGAACAAAAGGACAAGGAUUAUGUGUUUUACAAGGAAGUUAAUUACUUCAUGGCAUUACAACUGCAGGUUGAACAUGGUUACAAAAUCACCGCAGUGCACUCAAGAUCGCAAGCUUAGGUAGCCAAAAAAUCUUUAUUUUUCAUGACAAUCAUGGCCCUUUUGCUUUUACACACUGGUGUAUAAUUCAGGAGUGAAUAAACGAGUAGGCAUGCUGUAGUAACGAAACGUCA